GCUGUGUGCAGGCGGAGUGUUUGGUCCGGGGUAAUAACGGGCUCCUCCAGCAGCCAGAGGAUUUAUUUAUCCCGGGAUAAAAGCGGUGCGGAUAAAAAGAGGGAAAGUUUUUGCUUUGUUGUGUUUCGGAGACAGAUCGGUGUGUUACUGAGGCUGUGGAGCGUCUGAGCGUCACACACUCGGCUUUAUAAACACUUACAGCCUGUUAGAGUCGCUGCGAGGAGACAAUGGAGUCUGUGCGCCAUCAGCAGCGCCUCCAGCCCGGGGUGGGAUACGGAGCCACACUCAGAGCCGCGCUCAGGCCCGGAGUCACCGGAACCGGAACCCUGGCCAGCUCCGGGCCUCCGCCGCCGCUCCCUCCGCUCCACAGCCUCAGCGCCGGAUUCAUCAGCCACGCCGGCCUCGGAGCUCCGGAACCGGCCACCAAUCCCGCCGUGCUGCGGGAGGCCGUGGAUGCGGUGGUGCGGAGCUUCGCCAAGCACACGCAGGGAUACGGCAGGGUGAACGUGGUGGAGGCUCUGCAGGAGUUCUGGCAGAUGAAGCAGUCCAGAGGAGCCGAGCUGAAGAACGGAGCGCUGGUGGUGUAUGAGAUGGUUCCUUCCAACAGUCCUCCAUACGUGUGCUACGUCAGUCUGCCCGGGGGCAGCUGCUUCGGAAGCUUCCAGUUCUGUCCAACCAAAGCCGAAGCCAGACGCAGCGCGGCCAAAAUCGCCUUAAUGAACUCUGUGUUUAACGAGCAUCCGUCACGCAGGAUCACAGACGAGUUUAUCGAGAAGAGUGUGUGUGAAGCUCUCGCCUCCUUCAAUGGAAACCGAGAAGAAGCAGACAAUCCCAACACGGGCAUUGGGGCGUUCCGCUUCAUGCUGGAGUCCAACAAAGGCAAAUCCAUGUUGGAGUUCCAGGAGCUGAUGACAGUGUUCCAGCUGCUGCACUGGAACGGAAGCCUUAAAGCCAUGAGAGAGAGACAAUGCUCUCGCCAGGAGGUGCUGGCUCAUUACUCUCACCGUGCUCUGGAUGACGAUAUGAGGACGCAGAUGGCAUCGGAUUGGGUAAACCGUGAGCAUGGCGUAUCGGGCAGCGUGUCGAGAGAGUUGGCGGCCACCGAGCGAGAGCUGGAGGAGGCGCGACUCGCCGGCCGAGAGUUACGCUUUUACAAAGAAAAGAAGGACAUCCUGAUCAUGGCACUGGGGCAACUGGGCAACUCGAACAGCACCACACUGCCCCUGACCUGCUGAAGAGAUGCAGACUGACCCACGUAAUGUCCACACACACACACUCAUAUUCACUCACAUGUAGUACGUUUCAUAUAAAAGUUAAAGACAGAACUCGGAUUGAAUCUAACUAAUAAUGAAACAAAAACACUCCAGUAUUUAAGGAUGAAUUUAGGCCGACAUUGCUCUUUAAAGUGUUUGUGAAGGGUGUUUUUCGGUGCUACAUUUAUUUUAUUCGUUUAUUUCAUUCAUUAUAUCCUAUAGCCAUGAAAAACAAAAGUGCAAUCCAUCAUCUCCCAAAUAUCACUUUUACAUUCAUCAUACGUAGUCAUAGCAUAGGUCUGUAAAAAAAAAAAAAAAAAGGAAGAAAGAAAAGAAAAGCUUGUGAUUAUUUUUCUAAUACAGUUUAUUUGUGUUUGUUUCAUAUACACCUGUAUGGAUGUUAUCAUGUAUCACUUGUAUAACCUGUAUAAAUGAUAUAAUGUAGCAUAGCGCCAUUUUACUACAUUCAUUUCUGUCUGGAAAUACGUUUUAUACAGUGUUACUGAAUUUUAUAUAAUAACAGCCAGUUUGUUUUAUACAACUGUUUUAUUAUUAUUAUUAUUAUUAUUAUUAUUAUCUGAUUGUUUACGUGACAAUUUAAUAUCCAGCUUUCUUUCUAGAUUUAUAUUCUUU